GCUUGUCCUGAACCAUGUCCGCCUCGACGUCGACCACAAACGAGACCAAACGCGAAGAGCGCUCGAAACACGACGAGCACCAGUAUCUGGAGCUCAUCCAACGCGUGAUGGACAUGGGGGAAGUGCGCGCAGAUCGAACAGGUACUGGCACGAUCGCGCUGUUCGCGCCACCGAACCUGCGCUUCUCCCUCGCCGACUCGACUCUCCCCCUCAUCACUACCAAGCGGACAUUUCUGCGCGGGAUAGUGGAGGAGCUCCUCUGGUUCAUCCACGGUUGCACCGACUCGACCGUCCUAUCGCGUAAGAAGGUCACGAUCUGGGACGGAAAUGGAUCGAAGGAGUUCCUGGAAGGGCGUGGACUGGGACACCGCAGAGAGGGAGACCUCGGUCCCGUAUAUGGCUUCCAAUGGCGACACUUUGGCGCAGAGUACAAGGAUGCGGACGCGGACUAUACGGGCCAGGGCGUCGAUCAGCUACGCGAGUGCAUCCACAAAAUCAAGCACAACCCGACCGACCGCCGAAUCAUCAUGAGCGCAUGGAACCCCAAAGAUAUACCCCUGAUGGCCCUCCCGCCGUGCCACCUGCUUUGCCAGUUCUACGUCCACCUACCCCCGGCCGGCGCGCCCGACACCCAAAAGCCGAAGCUUUCGUGCCUCAUGUACCAGCGGUCGGCGGACCUGGGCCUCGGCGUACCCUUCAACAUCGCGUCCUAUGCGUUGCUCACGCAUAUGAUCGCCCACGUCACCGGCACGGACGCGCACGAGCUGAUCAUCCAGUUGGGGGACGCGCACGUCUACAGGGAUCAUGUGGAGGCACUGCAGACGCAGCUGCAGCGCGAGCCGCGGGCGUUCCCCAAGCUACGAUGGGGGAGGGAUGACAUCGAGGACAUCGAGGACUUCAAGUACGAGGACUUUGUGGUGGAGGGAUAUAACCCACAUCCGUCAAUACCUAUGAAGAUGAGUGUAUGAUGAGGGUCCCAUUUGUAACUGGAUUGUUCGUAUCUAUCGAUAUUGUUGUACGCUAGAUGCUCUUCUCCUGCCCAUCGAUGGUAUGAGUACGCAAGA